AAAAGUAUAAUUUUUCUCGGCACAUUUCACAUCUAUUCAUCUUGUACAGUUAUCGCAAGCCUUGUCAAGAAAGUUUUUGUUCGCGUUUUUUCCACGCCAUAAAGCCAAGUGACAUUUCGUCGCUACCAUAAAGGUGUGCCUGCGAAGCAAAAGGAAAAAGUGUACGAAAUUCCUUCGAACCACCGCAUUCGACGAAUUUCAAGCUAAUCGAAGUUUUGUAGGGUCGCCAUAUUGACACUUCGCCAAUGUGGGCAUUCGUCGUUUGAUUUUCCGUGCUGGAUGUGCUAGUUGGUCGGGCUGUCCUGUUAUCUGUUUUCUGGGUGCUGGUGAAUCAUGAACAGUUGAAUAAUGAGUUGUUUCAGUGUCCGCUAAUGCGCCAGUGUGUCCGUUAAUUUCACUUUAGCUCCGGAAACCGAGCUAGCCGUGUCGCUCAAGGGUGGCAGCCAUUGCAAGCGAAUAGCCGUACCUUACUACUGCUGCUGUUGCUGCUGCUGCUGCUGCUCCUGCUGCUGCUCGUAUUUUCCGUUCGUUGGCGACGAGUGUUGGUGAGGUGACACAGGAAAUAGAUCGAACAGUGGCCAAACGAACAAACGGGAAAGAGGGCUUAUUAGUUUGAAAAGCAGCCAGAAGCCAUAUUCCUCGGCCCAGUCACAGUGCACACGUCGCCUGUGUUUUGUAUUGUUAAAAGUAAGUUUAACCCAUGUUUCUAUGAAGAAAUGACCACCGCCAUACCAGACGGCGGAAGGAUGAAGAAAAUCAUCGACUGCUUUUGGGAACAGGCUUGUCAAACACUAGGUUUACGAGCCAGUAGCGAGUAGGUUGUUCGGGUUGGCUCUCGCCAAGCGUGCCAGUCCCGUUGAGCAGGGUGUUCUAACACAAAGUUGCCAAUACGUCAAUCGCAUGGUAUGUGCACCGUUCAGAGUCAGCUAGCUGGAAACUCCAGUGAUCUUCGGAUGCCACUUUUUCUAGCUUCCUUGACAGGAACACUUGAGACGCUUAGCGCAAAUGUGUCUUCCGUAAUGUUCCGUAGCGCACAGUGCAGCAUUGUUGUAACGUUCGCACAUGCGAAAGAUUCGAACAAAUUAAUACAUUUGUUGGUGACAGAAGUGAAAAGAUAGUAUGAAGCGGCAAAGUGUUGAACGUGUUAAAAGAUUAGAAAAGUUACAAUAAAUCCAAACAAAAUAAUAAUUCCUUCGAUUUUUGUUUUGCUGUUGAGUGAAAAUUUAAUCUAGCUCACUUUACUUAAAUUACCUGAUAUAUGUUAAAACUAGUUGUGUUCAAAGCUACUACGCAUACCUAGGAUGAACAAUUUUGACAUCCAGUGGCAAUUCAAGCACACUUGUGAGAAAAUUUUAAAACCAAAUUUUGUUCCAACCCCGUUCUGAGAUUUGAAGAUGUAAAAUAGUUGUGGAUUACAUUUGCGCACGGUUUGAAAAAUUAAUUUCUCAAAUUCAGAAUUUAAUCCAUCGAUUAAUACACGGUGAAUUUGUAUCGCAAAUCCAACUAACUUCACUUGCAACAGCAUCAAAGGCAAUGCACACAAAAAAUUCGCAUCUUCUACAUCUGGCGGGGUGUUUGACAGCCCCGACAUGAAGAAGCACCACAUUACAAAGAAAACUGCUGCAGCGAGAGAGCUGUCUGUGCGAGUAGAUGUUGUGACAUCGACGACCUCAUAUCCCGACCCAGUGUAUGCGUGUGCCUGUGUGUAGCGGUGUAAGUGUAUGCUAGAACACGUUUGACCCGAUUGUCAUGGUAGCUCGGGCAGCAGUGUGUAAAACAUUAAACUUCGAAUCGGUGCGUUUUGCUUGCUCACGAGUAACAUUUUUCUGUGCACUUCCUAUUAAAACUAAGCUAGGCAAAUCACGUUAAGUGAAAAAAAAGUCGAAACAUUCAACCCCUUUUACACGCGGGGUACAGCGAUCCAUCUAUUGCGCUCUAUUGGUCUUCGAACGGUGUACACGUUUAGAGUGUGUGCGUGUGAGUGGAACGUAUUUAGUUCGAUCGUGUACGCGGGACUGUGUGAGUUGGCCUGGUGUGCGUGUGGUUUAGUGUAGAUAGUGUGUGGUAUGAGAGAAAAUGGCAACGCUGCUGCUGUGACUGUGGAGCGAGUGACAAAUUUUGGUGAAAAUUAUUUCUUAAAAAUGUGUUGUUAAGCGACUUGUGGGUCGUUGGACGAGCGUAGAACAGUUUGGCCGCAAGUCAUCCUUCUGCAGCAUCAGCACUGUAUAUCUCAAGGAUAUAGCAGCGGUUCGUGCGGAGCUACACCACCAAUCAAACAGUUAACAGUCACAAUAGUCGAAUCACCAUUCUAAGAUACACCAAGGGUAGAUCGUCUGCCAAGGGAUCGAGAAAACCCACCCAGCAGCAAUCAAAUCCGGCAUCAAUCCAAAACAAUCAAGUGUAACCCGAGGCUACGAGCGGCUGCUGCUGCUGCUACCUUCAUUCUAUUGCUUCACAGCACCUACUCUUGAUAAUUCCCUUCCCUCCGCGCAUCUCAAAUCCUUUCCCACCUUCCUCUACAUCCGAGUAGAGAGAGAGAGAGAGCAUCACUUACAAAACAGGAAACGGCACGGAAACCAAGACGCGAAAAUGAAUGAUUUCAUCGUGGCCGGCAAGUAUCGCAUCAUCCGCAAGAUCGGAUCGGGCUCGUUCGGCGAUAUCUAUCUCGGCAUCAACAUCACCAAUGGCGAGGAGGUAGCGCUGAAGGUGGAGAGCAUAUUGGCCCGCCAUCCGCAGCUGACCUACGAGUACAAACUGUACAAAGUGCUGACCGGCGGUGUCGGCAUACCGCACAUCCGGUACUUCGGCCAGGAGCGCAGCUACCACGUACUGGUGAUGGAUCUGCUCGGCCCGUCGCUGGAGGAUUUGUUCAACUUCUGCAGCCGGCACUUCACGAUCAAAACCGUGCUGAUGCUGGUGGACCAGAUGAUCGGGCGGCUCGAGUACCUGCACAUGAAGAACUUCAUCCACCGCGACAUCAAGCCGGACAACUUUCUGAUGGGUAUCGGGCGGCACUGCAACAAGCUGUUCCUGAUCGAUUUCGGGCUGGCGAAGAAGUACCGUGACUUCCGUUCCCGCAUUCACAUCUCGUACCGGGAGGACAAAAAUCUGACCGGUACCGCACGUUACGCGUCGAUCAAUGCGCAUCUCGGGAUCGAGCAGAGCCGCCGCGACGAUAUGGAAUCGCUCGGGUACGUGAUGAUGUACUUCAACCGGGGCUCGCUACCGUGGCAGGGGCUGAAGGCGACCAACAAGAAGCAGAAGUAUGAGAAGAUCUCGGAGAAAAAGAUGUCCACCCCGAUCGAGGUGCUGUGCAAGGGCUUUCCGGCGGAGUUUGCGAUGUACUUGAACUACUGUCGCAGUUUGCGCUUUGAGGAAGGACCGGACUACAUGUAUCUGCGGCAGCUGUUCAGAAUUCUGUUCCGUACCCUUAACCAUCAGUACGACUACACCUUCGAUUGGACAAUAAUGAAGCAACGGGCGAUGCAGCAGGGCAGCAACAAUCCGCCCACCGUUACGUGCGGCGAAAACAAGCGAGAGGAGCGGCGUGAUAAAGAUAAACUGUCCAGCGAUACGGAUGAAUAGGACGGGGGUGCGUUUGGGAAUGAUGUGAGCACGAUACGGCAUCACCAUCUCAUCAUUUAAACGCUGUUGCGCCUCGCAACCUGUAUAGUGGGGAGGUGUGAUGUGCAGAAUGCGUUUCUUGUUUUCCUAAUCCGUGAAAAAGACGUGCAUGCAUAAUGCGGUGGUAGGUGGCGAGAAGCGAGAAGAAUGGGGGCGUUAUAGGGGGAGAUGCGCAAACGUGGUGAAUAUUGGUAAGGUGGACGCGCGUAAUAGUAACAGAAAUGAGAGCAGAAAGCAAGAGGAGGAAGAAGAAGCAACAACAAAAAAGAGAGAGAGAGAGAGAGAAAGGUUAGUUUAUACGAAAGCAAACUCGUUAGGUAAGGUGUCACAACUAGCGUUUAGAACAGUUAAAUUACUUCCCCCCAAUCCCCCCCCACCCACCCCUUCCCCCAAAAACCCUAGGGUACGUAAUCAAUCCCUGUUUUUUUUUGUUUUUUUGUGCUAAAAACAUUGUGCGUGUAGGGUGAAUAGGCGAGUGAGUGAGCGAGCGCUGAGAAAAAGUAGCAGAAGGAAAACGAACGAGGCAAGAAAAAUGCAACCCGCCCAACAUCCAUACAUACACAAGAACGGUCAGCGCAGGAGGUCGGUUUGGAUAGAGGAAGGGGGACGGUUCAUUUGUCUGGUGAUUGCUGCUUGCUAUAGCUGCUACCAAGCUUUGUUGGAAGGAUUUGGAACUUGCUAGGACAGAGCAUCCACCAAGUGUGGACAUACACACACACACACACACACACAUACACACGGGAAAAACACAACACAACUUCACACAGCGUAUACCGCCCCCCCAGCCCCCCACCCACCCCCCGUAAAAGUUAGACAAGAACGAUCUUGUUUUGCAUAUUAGAAGUUAAAGUUAAAUCGGCAGAAAUCUGCAUCACGAGCCCUUCUAGCAUCUCGCAGGUUCUGUGCGCGCCAAGGAAAAAAGGGGGAUCUUGUUUAUUGAUUUAUUAAUUUUUUUUUGUUGCUGCUCAAAUUGUGUAUGGUGUGAGUAAGCUGUCAGGCGCAAGCUCUGGUGAAGCAGUGUUCGUAAAAAUGCUUUACGCGAACCGAUUUACUGCACAAUAUUUAUUUUUUUCCUUUUUUUGCGUGAUUUGCUAGAAUUUUUUUUUUGUAUACAUAUUUAUGCGCUGAUUGUAAGAUUGUAUGGCAAAAUGUUUGCAGAGAGAGAGAGAGAGAAAAAAAAGUGUAACUGCAGGAGGAAACAAUUAUAUUAGGGAAUUAACAAAACAACAAAAUAGGAGGAAAACAGCCACACGAUCUAAAAUCUAGUAGCAAAAAAAAAAAAAAAAACGAUGGUACGCAGGCAAACAGUCGUACGAGAACGCUUUCUUUUUUAAUUUAAACUCAGACGUGUGUGCCAAGGAAUCGUCUGUUUCCUAACGUCUGACGUCUGUGUCCUAACGGCUGACGUCUUGUUUAGGAUGGUUAGUAAAUUUAUUUAUUAUAAUAUUUUUUUUGUUCGCCUCGAUUCCUGGCCAGCAGUAAUUUUUGUUGGGAUGCAAUUGCUACCUGCUGCUGCUGCUGCUCCUAUUGUGCAUGGAAGCUGGACAGGACGGUGACAGGGGAUAAACAAAACCGUCGUUCGACAUAAACCCCGAACCGAGCUAGUGGAACCGUAAUUGUGUGUGUGUAUGUUAGGGCUACGGAUAAAGAUAUUCUGCAUUAGCAUUUAGACAGGCGAAUGAAUGAUUAUAAAACAAAACAACAACAAAAAAAAAACGAAAAACAAUUUCGGUACUCCCGGAAGCAAAGCAAUGGUCUUUCAAAUCUUAUGCAGUUUUUUUCUUCAGUUUUCUCCUUUUUUUUUCUUUUGCUUUGUUCGAUUGUUCAAAACCGGGCCGCGGGGGGGUUUUAGUCACCAAAAAGUGUAACGUUUCGUUUGGUACGUGUACCUGGAUGUUGGAUGUUGAAACACACGGACUGCGGGCUUUUGGUGAGGAUUUGUAAGGUUAUGCGAACCGCCAGAUGCCGUCAGGUGUCAGGCCCAACCCACGCAUUCUGCUAGUGAUCUCGAUUAGCUCGCCAAGCUUUGUAAUCCGUGCGUUCUCAGGGGAGAAAGCAAACAACAAACACAAGCAUAACGUUGGAGCGCUUCUGUACGAUACAUCGUGGUGGUAUCGUGGUUCGUCCAGCCUUAACACCAUAGCACCGGAGUACCGGAUGGCAGGUUCGAUAGCAGGCCGUGCGCGCGGAACAGACUGUCCCCACACGGUUGGUCGGUUAGUUGCUAGUGGACUGCGUUCGUUCUUUUUGUUUUAUUUUAACCCGGACAGAUGACCAUUUUUUUCGCUACUAGUAGUAGUGCUAUUACCUGCAAAACAAAAUGGCAGACGAACAAACAGUCUUUCCUUUGUACUGAACCUUCGGCUCCUCACAUCCCC